AUGUUGUUGGUAAAUAUUGUGGCAGAGAACCCGAAUCAUCCUGUUUUAUGGGAGAUUUCUCACGCAGUAGUUUAUACAAAUCCUAAAACAAUUAAGAUAUACCAAAUACUAAACAAAAUUGAAAAACAUGAGUCUGACCUUGAACUAAUAUUUUGGUAUCAGGAAUCAAUUUUUAAUGCAAUUGUGAAAUUGAUAUAUAGUAAGAUAAUAACGGCCUUACAACAAGGAACUUCUAAGCCAGAAGACAUUGUUAAGUCAAUACCAAAAUUCAUAGAAUUGCCGACAAAUGUCACUGAUUAUUUUACGAGCGGAAUAUAUGAUACCGAUGAAAAGAAUGAACAGAUUAUUAAUGAUGAUAUAAAAGAAAAAUUGAUUAAAAAGAUUACUGAUCUUCAUGACUCGAUUACCAAUAUAAUUUUAGAAACUUAUAAUACAACUGAAAAUCAAGACGUAUCUAAUUUAGAUGAAUUUACAACAUAUAUGAAUUCAAACAGUGAAAAGUUUUACUGUUAUAUUUCGGUGUUUAAAUUUCUACGCAAUGAAUUCACUAAAUAUUACAUACCAUUUUUAAGAGAUCUAUCAAAAGUCGAACACAUUGUGUACGAAGAUGUUAAAAUCGAUGAAAUCGUUCGAUCCGAUGUGGAUGAUAAACUAACUGAUAGUAGCAGUUGUCAAUAUGUUAGAGAUUUGUACAGUCUCUGUCUCGAAGCAACCACAUUUUUAAAAAUGGUUUUAGACACAAAAAAUGAUUUGGUAGAGGAAUACUCAGAGGAAGUACAUACUAUUUUGACAACGAUUAGAAAUUGGUCCAUUGAGGUGAUCGAACGGUGUACAUACAAGGGCUGCAGGGACCUUUUAAAAGUGUCAUAUCAUAUUUACGUCGUUUUGAAUCCAAAGCACACUGAUCAUUUUAAAUACAAUCAAGUGCCGAUGUACAUGUCAUUGAUAAUGUCUAUUUUAAAUACCUAUUUUAUUGAUCACUGUAGUCCACCAAAAUUCAAUUUCUUGUUAUUCAACAGUACAUAUCUCCAGGCUAUAGGCAAUGAUGAUGUACUUAAUAAACGUUUAAAUUCAUUUGUGCAGAGCCUUGCAGCUUACCGAAAGAUACCGAUAGUUGCAAACUAUUCAAUUUUUUUAAAUAUUGACAAUUUUUAUAAAAUAUAUCUUGAAGAUACGGCUUUGUUCACUAAAAACAAAGACAAGUUCAGUUUUUUUUACAAAGGUGAAAGGAAGUACAUUCAUGAAAUUUAUGACAACAUACGUGCAAUUAUUUUGGACCCUUCCCACGUGUUCAAAUUCUAUGAUAUAUAUUUCAAAUUCAUUCUUUGUUCUAUAUUUUACAAAGUGUGGGUUUUCGCUAAUUACUCAGUCAAAGAAAGUCAGCCACAAAUGAAUGGAUUGCGGUUUGAUGAUUGUAAUGACUUUAACCAUCAUUAUAAUAUGUAUCUUAAUAUUCAAAAUUUUCCUUAA